AUGUCGAACUCUAACGUAGUCACGGAAUCAAGUGGAACAUCUAAUUCUUCUCCAAGUGAAACAAUAUCUGCUGCAGCAGCAGAUAAUGAUCAACUUGAUAUACCACCAGCUAAGCGUCCACAUAAAGAAGAUUCACUAACUGAUAAAUUUUCAUUUGAAUAUCAACAUUUAGCAUGGGGCGCUUUAAAACAAUCUAUUAAUGAUCUAGUUGAACAAGUGAAUGCAUCAAACUUACCAACAAUUAUUCGUCAAAUACUUCAACAUAAUAUUAUUCGUGGUCGUGGUAUACUUGCUAAUUCCAUUAUUGAAGCACAAUUUGCAUCACCAAAUAAUACUAAUCUUUAUGCUGCCUUAGUCUCUGUUGUUAAUACAAAAUUUCCACAAAUAAGUCUAUUAAUAUGCAAACGUGUAAUACAUUCCUAUCGUGAAUAUUUUGUGGCAGAUGAACGAAAGAAAACAUUCAUUGCGAUUAAAUUUAUUGCACAUCUUGUUAAUCAGAAAAUAUUACAUGAAAAAAUUGCAUUUGAAAUACUUGAUGUUUUACUUCGCAAUAUUUCUAGUGAUAGCGUUAAAUUAGCUAUUUACUUCUUACAAGAAUGUGGUCAAAAGUUAUUACAAGUUAAUCCACACGAAUUAGAUUGUCAAUUUUCAAAAUUAAAUGAUUUACUUGAUGGAUUACUAAUAACAGAACGUACCAAAAAUAUGAUUGAAAAUUUAUUUGCUGAACGAAGAGAUCAAUUUAAAUCACAUCCAAUUAUUCAAUCUGGUUUAAAAUUAGUUGACGAAAAUGAUCAAAAAACACAUAUUUUAGAAUAUAUCCACCUCUGUGAACCAGAAAGAAUUCUCGAUGACUUUCAAUAUGACCCACACUACGAAGCGAAUGAAGAAACAUAUAUAAAAUUAAGCAAAAUCAAAUUUAAUGAUACCGGUCAUUCACAACAUCCAUUUAACUUAUCACAACAGCAAAACCAACAGCUCGACAACUCAACAACAGAUCUUAACCUGUCCAGUAGCGGUUCCUCAGUUGGUGAAAAAGAAAACUGA